UUUAAAAGACAGCCAGUAAGUUUUAAACCACUUGAAAGUCUCCACCUGUUGAAUGACAGUGAAGGAGAUCACCGCUCACUCUCUUCUCUAUAUCUCCUUUCUCUCCACUAUAACAUCUCACCUCACAAGAGGCGGACGACUAGACAAAGAGCCAAGCCAGACUCGUGAAGAUGACAACUCUCACCGCUUCGGUACUACGGCCUUACUUUGAGCUCCAGCCGCAGAAUCCUGAUAUCUGCUUGGCUACUUAUCUUUGGGUGGACGGGUCCAGCGAAAACAUAAGAGGAAAGACUAAAACUCUUCCAAAACGGCCAAAGACACCUGCUGAUCUUCCUAUAUGGAAUUUCGAUGGCUCCAGCACUAAGCAGAGUGUAGGCAAGAACAGUGAUGUCUACCUUCAUCCGGUUGCCUUUUAUGCUGAUCCAUUCUUUCGUGGCAACAGUAUCUUGGUGAUGUGUGCCACUUAUGGCUCUCAGGGCAAACCGACUGCAGGAAAUCACAGAGAAUCCUGUAACGAAGUGAUGAGCAAAGCAGCUGCCUCUAAGCCUUGGUUCGGCUUUGAACAAGAAUACACGAUACUCGAUACUGAUGGGCACCCACUGGGCUGGCCUAAGAAUGGUUUUCCCGGCCCCCAGGGUCCUUAUUACUGCGGGGUGGGUGCUAACAAGGUUUUCGGUCGUCAACUAAUGGACGCUCACUAUAAAGCCUGUCUCUAUGCUGGACUUGAAAUAUCCGGAACCAACGUUGAAGUGAUGCCAUCCCAGUUUGAGUAUCAGAUAGGUCCCUGCGAAGGUAUUGCACUUGGGGAUCAAGUUUGGGUCUCUCGUUACAUCCUGCACCGUCUUGCAGAGGAAUUGGGCGUGGUUGUCACUCUCGAUCCUAAACCGGUUCAAGAAUGGAACGGAGCAGGUGCUCACUGUAACUUCAGUACAGUUCAAAUGAGAGAAGGAGGAGGAAUCAAGUACAUCAAGGAAGGGAUAGAGGAACUGAGCAAGUAUCAUGAUCUCCACAUUAAGCAUUACGAUCCUAAACAGGGUGAAGAUAAUAAACGUCGGCUGACUGGUUUACAUGAGACCUCAUCAAUUUAUGACUUCUCAAGUGGUGUUGCCAACAGGGAGGCAUCAAUUAGAAUACCUCGUCAAGUCAACAAGGAUGGGUGUGGCUAUUUGGAAGAUCGUCGGCCAGCUGCUAAUUGUGACCCGUACGAAGUGACAGAGGUAUUGGUAAGGACUAUUGUCCUUCAGGACUGGGAAGAAGACAUUUUGGGAGAAUGCUCUGAUGAUUCCGCCAGCCACUAAAGCAUCAUUAUAUAAUAUAACGAAGAACAAAAACUUAUUUAUCAUUAUUUAUUAGGAACUGUAGUUUAUUUAUUGAUUCAAUAAUAUUAACGAGUGUUUAAUUUUAUUUAUCUAUUUUGGCCCUUUUCAUAAACUUGAUUUGAAAAGAAUUUACUACUUGAUAAUCAGUAA